GUAAGAGGAUACCCUCUCUUCACAUCAGGCUCCACCACCAGCUGUCACGCUGUGCCCUGAUGAUCAGUGUAGCCCCAGCAGUGCCACCUGUCAGUGCCCAUCAUAGCCUGCUGUCAGUGAUCAUCAAUGCCACCUGCCAGUGCCCAUCAGUGCCACAUCAAUGCCACAUAUCAGUGCCCAUCAGUGCCGCCUAUCAGUGCCAGUCAGUGCCACCUAUCAGUGCUACCUAUCAGUGCCACCUAUCAGUGCCAUAUAUGAGUGCUGCCUUUCAGUGCCCAUCAGUGAUGCCUGUCAAUGCCCAUCAG